AUGGCUGAGUUCACAGAACUAUUCCCAAUGGGAAAACAACUAGAUGAAUUGAAGUAUGUGUAUCAAUACAUCUUCACAAUUAAUUUUCAAAGUAUAUUGGUUGUUUGUGUCAUAGUCACAUUGUUCUUCUUCAUAUUCUACCAAAUAUUCCAUGGCAUGUUCUUUUGGUUCUUGGAACUACGGUUGAAUAACGAGUUGCUUGAUCUCGAAGGAGCAAAUUAUCUAACGUCCGGAGCUGCACCCAGUAAUAACCAUGUUACCCUCUUCCAAGUUCUCCUCCAUACCAAUAGUUGGAAUAUGGCAGAUAUCUUAGAAGAAGGUGAUUUCGACAAGGAGAGAGGACCAAAGCUUAGAGCUUUGAUGAAAUUGCCCCCAUUGGUGAGAUAUGGAAUGCAUGAUAGUUGGUUGAAGAAGAAGCUAACAUGCCCAGUUUGUCGUAGUUGCAUUGUGUCCAGGGCCAAAGGGAACCCUAAUCACAGAGGCACAGACCUCACCCCUAUCCUCCCUCGAGCUUCCACUCUCACUCUCACCUCUCACCUCUCACCUCUCACGUUUUCAGCCUCCACUCUCACUCUCCGUCCAGCCACCGCCACUUCCGUCCAACCACCGCUGCCGUCGCAACUUCCAACUUUGAACAGCCACCGCCUGCUCCCUCACUUCCCUUCCUUCGCGCAGCAAACGUCACAAACUUCCUUCCCUCCAUCGCGAAGCCACCGCUCGAUCGUCAAAGCCUCCAUUGCGCAGCCACUGUCUUGUCGCGCCAGCUCUGUUCCACUGCGCUCCUGUCCCUUCAGCGGCGUCUGCUCUGUUCCAUCGCGCGGCCCUUCCCUCGAAGAUUAUUCCCUGGAAUUUCCCUCUUCUCAUGUUUGCUUGGAAGUUGCUGGUUGCUGGUUGCUGUCAUGUCCCACCGUUCUGUUUCUAUUCAACCAUCUCCAUUGCAUUUCAAAGCUCCAUCUCCCUCUCUCUCUCCCUCUCCCUGUUCUGUUCGAAUUUCAGAACAUGCUCCAGCCUAAGUUCCUCCUAGGCUGAGCCAACAUACUGAGCAUGAUAGAUUCAUGUUAUGAUAUAAAUAUGGAAUAGAAGGAAUGAUCUCAAAUGGUUGAUUGGUGCUCACCUCAUCGGUGGCCUCAAUACACCAUCUCUCUAAUUCACCCAAUCCUACCUUUACAUACUCUCUAUUGCUGAAUGAACAACACUCAAAAUGUUAGUAUUUUCUAUGCAGCAAAUUGACAUGUAAUAUGAAGAUGGUGAAUAAUUGAAUGGUU